AUGCGCCAAGGGCUCACCGCCCAAGAAGCUGCUCCAGACAACACACUCCACCUCGAGGACAGUGUCGUCCGGAAAGCUUCAGUUGCUGUCGAGAACUUCGCUGGUCUCUCAACCGAAGCCAAAGAUGCCACCACCAAGGAACAGCAGAUGGGUUUCAUGCAAGCCAUCAAGCUAUAUCCGAAAGCCGUCGGAUGGUCAAUACUUCUUAGCACCGCCAUCGUCAUGGAAGGCUAUGAUGUCGUAUUGCUGAGUUCCUUCUACGCUCUACCACAAUUCAACCAAAAGUUUGGUUCUCGGGGCGCCAACGGGACAUACACCGUUCCCGCGCCAUGGAAGUCAGGCCUCAGCAAUGGUGCCCUCUGUGGGGAGAUAAUUGGUCUCUUUAUCAGUGGUAUGGUAUCGGAGAGGUAUGGCUACCGCAAGACAAUGAUUGGGGCUUUGGCCAUGAUGGUUGCCUUCAUCUUCAUCCCGUUCUUCUCCCAGAACGUUCAAAUGCUUCUUGCAGGGGAAAUCAUGUGCGGUAUUCCAUGGGGCGUCUUUCAGACUCUCACUUGUGCCUACGCAUCCGAUGUUUGCCCUGUCGCUCUCCGUGCCUACCUUUGUACGUACGUCAACCUCUGCUGGGUCAUGGGUCAGUUCAUCGCUUCGGGUGUUGUUCGCGGGGUUCUUUCCCGUCAAGAUCAAUGGGCAUACCGCAUUCCAUUUGCAGUUCAAUGGAUGUGGCCCCUCCCGAUCUUGAUUGGCUGCCUUUUCGCUCCUGAAUCUCCAUGGUGGCUCGUCCGUCACAACAGAAUCGCAGAUGCCAAAAAGUCCGUUCUCCGUCUCACAACCCGCAACGAUGCAGACUUCAACGUCGACAGUCAGAUCUCCAUGAUGGUCCACACCAACGAAAUUGAGAAGCAGAUAUCCGCAGGGACAUCCUACUUUGACUGCUUCAAACGAACCGACCGCCGCCGAACUGAAAUAGCUUGCAUGACCUGGCUCGUCCAAACAUGGUGCGGAAGCACCUUCAUGGGCUACUCAACCUACUUCUACCAACAAGCCGGUCUGGCCACGACAGCCUCCUUCGACCUCUCCAUGGCGCAGUACGCACUCGGCAUGAUCGGUACCAUAGGCAGUUGGUUUCUUAUGGCCCGCGCAGGCAGACGGUCUCUCUACCUUAAUGGUUCCUGCGUCCUGUUCGCCCUGCUAAUCAUUAUUGGCCUCACGGCUAUCGCGCCAUCCUCCAACACAUCUUCGCGUUGGGCUAUUGGCUCUAUGCUGUUAAUCUUCACGUUCGUAUAUGAUCUUACGGUCGGUCCGGUGUGCUAUGCACUGGUAGCAGAGGUGUCAUCAACGCGGUUGAAGGCUAAGACUAUUGUCAUUGCGAGGAAUUGCUACAAUGUUGGUGGUAUCGUCGUUAACGUUCUUACGACCUACCAACUCACCCCACAACCUACUGGUUGGGGAUGGGGUGCGAAGUCUGCUUUCUUUUGGGCAGGCACCUGUUUUUUGUGUAUCGUGUGGAUCUAUUUCCGGCUACCUGAGCCUAAGGGGAGGACUUAUGGUGAGAUGGAUGUUCUUUUUGAGCGUGGUGUUAGUGCGAGAAAGUUUAGGGAUACGAAGCUUGAUAUAUUUACGUCUGAUUAUGUUAUGCGAGUCGAGGGGAUGAGGCGAAAGAAAAGACGACGGAGAAGAUGGAUGUCACUAUGA